ACCAGAAAUGGGUCGUCGACGAUCGACCAGAGAUGAUGAUGGACCAGAAAUGGGUCGUCGACGAUCGACCAGAAAUGAUGAUGUACCAGAAAUGGGUCGUCGACGAUCGACCAGGGAUAAUGACGUACCAGAAAUGGGUCGUCGACGAUCGACUAGAGAUGAUGACGUACCAGAAAUGGGUCGUCGACGAUCGACCAGAGAUGAUGAUGGACCAGAAAUGGGUCGUCGACGAUCGACCAGAAAUGAUGAUGUACCAGAAAUGGGUCGUCGACGAUCGACCAGGGAUGAUGAUGUACCAGAAAUGGGUCGUCGACGAUCAACCAGGGAGGAUGACAUAACAGAUUUAGGUCGUCGACGAUCGACCAGGGAGGAUGCACCCUAUAUGGAUCUUCAAGGGUUGAACACAGAAGACAUACCAAACAUGGAACGUCGGCCAUCAAUAAAAAAGAAAAUCCAGGAGAUGGAACACCGCAAGUCUAUGAGUGAGGACAUGGCAGCGUUGGAGCAUCACUUGUCAACCAACGAGAACAAUGGAAAUAUGGAGUACAGAGAGGCUCUAGACGCUGACGAUGAGAUGAUACCGGAGCAAAUGGCAGUGCCAAAGAUUCAGGUUCAUAGUUUCAGUGACUUAGUAGAUGAAAAUUCUGAAGACGCUGCAGACUUGGAUGAGAGGUCUCUGAAGUUAGCGGAGCCGUAUCUUAAAUACCGCAAGUCAAUCUCAGAACUGGAACCAUACCUUCAGUUCCAGGAUGAAGUCAGUAAACUGACACCAGAAAUCCAAGCACAAUGGUCAACAACUGAGGCAGAAACUCGUGGAUCACUAGACAUACAAGGCCACAGUUCGGGCAGCAAUUGUCCAUCAGACGACGAAAAUGACGAACCCAACAAUGAGAAUAGACCUGAUGUAGCGGAUGGUCUGCAGGCUCACAUGACAAGUAUUCUGUCUAUGUCAGAUACAGAACCCAAAGAAUCAGACAACAUCCAGUCCUCUUGGUCACUCACAGGAUCGCGUGACUCAAUCAAUGGAAAAAAGUCUCAACAAACUAGAGAUUCAGAAAGCGAGGCAGCUGACCCUGCGAGCUCAGGAAGUGAGGGAGAAUCGGACUUGGACGUAAACUGGAAAUUAGGUGAGCCUGUGCCGAAUCUGGAAUAUCGUAGAUCAAUCAGUGAUAUAGUACGGGGUGGUGGAUCAAGUGGCGAAUCAGAACCGGAGCUCAUGAAUUACCGGGAGACUGGUGAGGGGGAGGAGGAGCCUCAACAUCCAGAUAGUCGUCGCUCCAGCGGAGAGCAUGAACCAACCCCUGGCGAUGAACCACGCAAGUCGAUUGGCAUAGAGAUGCUCGACUCCUUGGUUCACCAGCAGAGUAGCGAGCCAAUACCUGCCCACAAGUCCCCGAUACCACCUGACUCCCAAGAAGAUGACGCUCAGUGGAGUAUGAAUGAAACACCAGUGAUUUCAGCGGCAGACAUGGGUGUUCGCUCACCAAGAGGUUCAACGGCAGGUUUGGACACUCGUUCACCAAGAGGUUCAACGGCAGGUUUGGACACUCGUUCACCAAGAGGGUCAACGGCAGGUUUGGACACUCGUUCACCAAGAGAGUCAACGGCAGGUUUGGAGUCCGGUUCACCAAGAGGUUCAAUUGCAGAUUUGGAGGCUCCAUCUCCCAGGGAAUCAGCGACAUUCUUGGAGACGGGUGAGACAGAGUUAGCAGUGAGUGAGGAGCCACGGCGGAAGUCAAUCAGUAUGACGGUGAUGGACUUCUUGACUAGCAGGUUCAGCGGGGUUCAGGAGGCACAAGACUCACCCGCACCACAGGCAGAGGUUCAGGAUAGUUGCAGCGAAGUCUGUGGCCUAACUGAGGGUUCAGCAAGUGAUCAGGAGGUUCAUUCACCUAGAGGUUCAACGGCAGGUUUGGACACUCGUUCACCAAGAGGUUCAACGGCAGGUUUGGACACUCGUUCACCAAGAGGGUCAACAGCAGGUUUGGACACUCGUUCACCAAGAGGUUCAACGGCAGGUUUGGACACUCGUUCACCAAGAGGGUCAACGGCAGGUUUGGACACUCGUUCACCAAGAGGUUCAACGGCAGGUUUGGACACUCGUUCACCAAGAGGGUCAACGGCAGGUUUGGAAUCUGGUUCACCAAGAGGUUCAACAGCAGGUUUGGACACUCGUUCACCAAGAGGUUCAACGGCAGGUUCGGAAGAUCAAUCACCCGGAGAUACAACAGCACUUUCGGAGAGUCACUGGCCUCCAAGGGGUUCAAAUGAUAUGGAAGAUCGUAGGUCUUCUAGAGAUUCAGUAGAUGAAGAUCACAAGUCACGUAAAAGUUCAGUUGGUGCCCUGGAAGGUCGUAUUUCACCAAGAGGUUCAGUUGGUGCUCUAGAGGGUCGUAUUUCACCAAGAGGAUCAGUUGGUACCCUGGAAGGUCGUAUUUCACCAAGAGGUUCAGUUGGUGUUCUAGAGGGUCGUAUUUCACCAAGAGGUUCAGUUGGUGCCCUGGAAGGUCGUAUUUCACCAAGAGGUUCAGUUGGUGCUCUAGAGGGUCGUAUUUCACCAAGAGGUUCAGUUGGUGCCCUGGAGGGUCGUAUUUUACCAGGAGGUUCAGUUGGUGCCCUGGAGGGUCGUAUUUCACCAAGAGGUUCAGUUGGUGCCCUGGAGGGUCGUAUUUCACCAGGAGGUUCAGUUGGUGCCCUGGAGGGUCGUAUUUCACCAAGAGGUUCAGUUGGUGAUGUUAAGAGUCACAGGUCGCCCAGAGGUUCAACAGCAGGCCUGGAUGAUACUAAAACAUACAGAAAAACAAUCCCAGUAAUGAACUAUCCCGGUGAGGAAGACACAGACUGGGCAGCGGAGUCCCAGACAAAGAAUCAUAAGUCUGUCGGUGAUGCGGUUCCUGGGUUCCAAGGUCUCAGGUCUUUCCUUGAAACUGCCCAAAAUGGAAAGUCCAACAAUGAACUCUUUCCAGUGGUGACUAAUGAGCCCCGUAAGUCAAUUGGGAUGGAAAUGUUCAAUUAUCUGGUGCGUCGGUUCAGCAAUGUCGAACCAGGACAAGACUUCGAGCCCGAACGACCCUUGGAACGGGAUGCUCAGAAAUCUCCGAGAGCCUCCUUUGAUGCCAAAGAUAACCGAAGCUCAUGCAGAGGUUCAACAAGUGACCUAGAUGCCAACAGGUCACCCAGAGGUUCAAGAAGUGACCUAGACAACAACAGGUCACCUAGAGGUUCAAGGACUGACCUAGAUGCCAAUAGGUCACCCAGAGGUUCAAGGACUGACCUAGAUGCCAACAGGUCACCCAGAGGUUCAAGAAGUGACUUAAAUGACCGACACUCAUCAGAAAAAAUAGUCGACAAUAUUUCUUCUAAUGAGGAGGAAUUGCUCGACUCUGUUGAUGACUCGGGAUCGGAUUUGGAAACAAGCUGGACAGUGAAUAAAGAGGAUUCAGAUAGCAAGUCGCUAUCAAGGUAUCCUGAAAAUCGGUCGGAAAUCCAAAAAUAUUCACCGGUGAAUGAAAUGGCUAGUAUCUACUCUUCACGACGAGGGUCUAUGAAGAAGAGGGAAAUCACAGAAUACUACCAAAUGGAUAUCGAGACAGGAGACUUGUAUUACUAUGAGGCGCCAGACUUGUUUACAUCCCUAUUCCACCACAUCAUGACCAUCUUGUGCCUACCUGACCUAGAUAUGGUAGAGUACGAGCUCCCUCUCCCAUCAGAGGACGACCUUGGGAAUCCCGGGAUGAUGGAGGAUCCUUCAGAGCUUCAGAUUUUAGGUGAAAAAUUGAUGCAGUGUGUGAAACGCUUGGACGGGUCGGAGGGCUGGACCACCAUGGACAAUAUACAGAAAGACAAGAUUAAGAAAAAAUUGGAGAGAUGCCCACCUCCAUAUGAGCCCCAUGAAGCUUUACUCUCACCCACCUCACCGCCAACUCCAGCACUGUCAUCACCAUAACUCCUGCCACCAUCAUCAUCAAGCACCACCACAUGCCUUCAUCUCCACUGACGUCAUCACCUCAUCACCAUUUGUGGUAAUUGUCUAGAAAAAAAUCACGCUCAUUUUACUCAUUGCCCUUGUUGCCUAUCUUUUUUUAACAUAUCUGAGAGCUUAAGUGUUGUUCUGCUCAUGAAAUUGCAUAAAAUAAUCUGUCAUGAUUUUUAACAAUUCAUUGUCUAGGAAAGUAAUGAACCUUGCUUUCUGGUUUCGAUCAGUUUAAAGUGAUAUACAGUAAUUUUUUUUUUCAAGACAACUGAGAUAUCAAACAUUGGAUUUGGAAAUUGUCAUGGAUUUGUUAUCCACAUGUGUACAGGGUCCCUCUGAUCUAAAUAAAAUCCUCUGGUGUUAAGGAACAUGGAGCAUUGGAGCACCAGCAACAUGUACUGGUAUGCCAUUGCCAACUGGCACUUUGUCUCCUCCAGUGAAUCAAAACACACAAAAACUGACCUGAGUCUGACCUUAGCAGGAAAUACUGUUGUGUGUUAAUAUGUAUGUUUUUGGUCUCGCUUAAUAACCUAAUCUUGUUAAAAUUAGCCAGAGUUCCCUGAAGAUCUGAUUUACUUCGCGGGAGGGUGUGCUGAGCUGCAUAUAAAGAAAGAAAAUUAGCUGUAGUGCACAGUACACUUCGUCACUAGUGUUAAAACUGCUAAUAACUAAAAGUCUCCGUAGUGCAUGCGUUAGCCCAACUUCAACUCGUUCCAUUUCUAUUUUCCAAAUAUAAAAAAGUACAAACGAGAGUUAAGAUUUCGUAUAGGAAGAUAGAGCAAAAAAAUAUAUAUAUAAAUAUUUUAUUCUAAUGCAAUUUUUGUCAGAAAUGUAUAGUUUUGGAGUUGUUUCAAUUACUGUUUAAACUUAUGAAAAUUUGUACAACUUUGGCAGUUCUCCAGUUGGCUGGGGUGCAUUUAUUGUUUACUUCUUCACAUGAUCAGCCUCCACCAUUAGUUAAACAAGGUAAGGUCAGACUAGGUAAAUUUAGGACAGGUUAGGUCAAGUUCCCUUUGGUUUGAUGGUUCAAUAUUUUUUCGUGUUUUUACCCCACAAUUCCCCUCGACAUCAAAGCCCUGUCCUCUUUGUACAUUCAUUAUCAUUGGUAGUGGGUCAUAUCUCCAUAAAUAUUAAUUUCUGCCCCAAAAAAUGGUUCACGUUCCUUUAAAUCACCAUCGUUUACAUGAGAAAAAAAAAUUUUGUUAGCGAUCCCAUUCGUGUCUCCUACCAAAUUUUUACCCAAAAUAGCUUCAAACAUAUGUAAAAAUAUUGAAAGAAAAACCACUAACUUUUCUUAAUGUUUUCUAUAAUCUAAUAUAAUGAGGAAAAAAUGUGGGCUAUGUAAAGGAUAUUGCUAGAGAGGAGUCGGGUGACCCAUGGGGAGAGCAAAAGGACAUGAUUUUACAAAAGAUAGAAAUUACCCCAUAAAUAAGUAUUGAAUCAUGACCGAGAUCGUUACGCGAUGGACCUCUCUUAUAAGGUAUGUAAAAUAAACAAUAUAUUCAUGAAAAACAAUGGGCGUGUCAUAGGCAAUUAUCUCAUCAGCUUUUGCCACCAUCACACCACAGUUACAACAGCUAUCAUCAAUACGGUCCUUCCCUUCCUCAUCAGUGUCACAACUACAUCCCCUCCACUAAUAUGACUACUAUCAUCACCACAAUUAUCAACAUUCUCACAAUUAACACCAUUAUCACUACCAUCACCACCACCUUGACGUGCG